AUGCACUCAGUCAACGGCAGUGGCUUCCCGGAGUACAUUCCCCGGGAUGAGUAUCUGGCCAAGGUGGAGAUCACGCUGCUCGGUGUGAUUUUCGUGAGCGCUGCCAUCCUCAACACUGCGCUCCUGUGCGUCCUGUGGCGGCAGCGAAAGCAGAUGACCAGGAUGCGUGUGUUUGUAUUUCACCUGUGCCUCGCGGAUUUAGUGGUGGCAUUUUUCCAAGUUUGCCCCCAGCUGUUGUGGGACAUUACCGACCGAUUUGUUGGCCCGGACUUGAUUUGCCGCCUUGUCAAGUAUCUACAAGUUCUUGGCAUGUUUUCUUCCACGUAUAUGAUCGUUGUGAUGACCGUGGACCGUUACCAAGCCGUGUGUAACCCGAUGGUGAAGUUCCAACGAGCUCGCACGCGCUUCAACGUCUCCGUAUGUGUAGCGUGGGGUAUCUCUUUUGUGGGGAGCGUUCCGCAAAUCUUUAUUUUCUCCCAAAUCGAAGUUGAACCAGGAGUUUUUGAUUGCUGGGCCACAUUUAUCCAGCCAUGGGGACUACAGACCUACAUCACUUGGACCACGCUGGUUAUAUUCGUGUUGCCUGUGAUUACUGUUAUGAUUUGCCAAGUGCGCAUAUGUCGUGCCAUUCAGAUCAACUUGUACCAAAAAGCUCCGCUGGCGCACAGAGCAAGCGGCGUGGCUGGGAUGUCCAAAGCUCGAGUGAAGACACUGAAGAUGACGGUGGUGAUAGUGUUGGCUUAUAUCAUCUGCUGGGCGCCCUUCUUCACCGUUCAGCUGUGGUCCGCGUGGGACAGCAACGCACCUAAAGAAACCGCUACUUUCACCAUCCUGAUGUUGCUGGCGAGUCUGAACAGCUGCGCGAAUCCCUGCAUUUACCUCGCGUUUAGUGGCCAGUUCCCCAAAAGGCUGCUGACGCUCUUGUGCAGGCGUCAUCGGGAGGGUAAAGACUCCAUGCACGAGGAGGCUACGCUGGUCAGCACGUUGUACAUGAGCUUCAGGAAUGUUUCUAUAUCUAAAAAAGGAGAAAUGAAUCCUCUGGACACUGGUGAGGCUUAA